AUGGCAUCAUGUCUCUAUGAAUGCCUUUGCGAGGCAGAACUUGAAAAAUACUAUCCCCAUUUUGCUGCCUUUGGUCUUCAGAAGAUUGAUGAGCUUGCCAAAGUGUCCAUGAAAGAUUAUACCAAACUGGGGGUCCAUGACACGAAUGACCGCAAACGACUCUUUCGGCUCAUUAAAAUAAUCAAAAUUAUGCAACAGGAAGACAUUGCAGACAUAAAAAAGCAAGAUUUUCAACCAAGUGGCCUUUUCAUUCAUCCUCAAGUGACCAGACCAGGUCCCCGUAGACAGCUGCAUUUUGAGUCCUUCUUUGCAGAAAAUGAUGAAACAGUUAAAGACUCUAAAUCUGAAUCAUAUAGUUCAUCUAAUUUCGGUGCCAAUGAGAAGAACGGUGUAGGGGAAAUGUUGGGACAAAUUCAACCACAUGAUUCAGAGCUGAGCAAACUAAAUAGAAGAGACCUAAAUACUCCUGGAAUAUGCACAAAAAAUGAUGUGAGCAGUCCAGCAGUUUCUGAUGACGUUGCUUCUCUCCUGGGGGAUUCUGAAGCUCCUAUCAUACAAAGAAUAACUCAUAUUUCAGGGUAUAAUUAUGGACUACCUCAUUCCUGUAUCAGAUCCAGUACUUCCGAGCAAGAGUCUCCGUGGACAGAGAGUGAAAAAAUCAGGGUGUGUGUCCGAAAACGUCCUCUAGGCCCAAGAGAGGAGCGACGUGGAGAGGUUAAUAUCAUCACAGUGAAAGACAAAGAAACCCUGCUUCUCCAUGAAAAGAAGGAGGCAGUUGAUCUUACCCAAUAUAUUUUACAGCAUGUGUUUUAUUUUGAUGAAGUCUUUGGGGAGUCAUGUACCAAUCAGGAUGUGUAUAUGAAGACAGCUCAUCCUCUCAUUCAGCAUAUUUUUAACGGAGGCAAUGCAACCUGCUUUGCAUAUGGGCAGACUGGAGCUGGCAAGACUUACACUAUGCUGGGUACUCACCGGAACCCAGGACUCUACGCCUUGGCUGCCAAGGACAUCUUUAGACACCUGGAAACAUCACAGUCAAGAAAAGAUCUCCUUGUUUUGAUCAGCUUUUAUGAGAUCUACUGUGGACAGCUUUAUGACCUGCUAAAUGGAAGGAAGAGACUUUUUGCAAGAGAAGACAGCAAGCAUGUUGUCCAAAUAGUUGGACUGCGGGAGGUUCAGGUGGACUCUGUAGAUCUUCUGUUGGAGGUGAUUUUGAAGGGGGGAAAAGAACGUAGCACGGGAGCUACUGGAGUCAACUCUGAUUCCUCCCGAUCUCAUGCUAUCAUCCAAAUCCAAAUUAAAGACACAGCCAACAGGACAUUUGGAAGGAUAUCAUUCAUUGACUUGGCUGGCAGUGAAAGGGCAGCUGAUGCCAGAGAUUCAGAUCGACAAACAAAGAUGGAAGGAGCAGAAAUAAACCAAAGUCUUUUAGCACUAAAGGAAUGCAUUAGGGCGCUGGAUCAGGAACAUGCACAUACUCCUUUCCGGCAGAGCAAGUUAACUCAGGUGCUGAAGGAUUCUUUCAUUGGCAAUUCCAAGACGUGUAUGAUAGCCAAUGUAUCACCUAGCCACAUAGCUACGGAGCAUACCCUGAACACUUUAAGAUAUGCUGACAGGGUCAAAGAGCUGAAGAAAGGGAUUAAAUGCUCUACCCCUGUCACAAGCAGGCGUCGAACAGCUGGAAACGUAUCUCCAAAACGUGUCCAAAACCCUGGAGAAAAGAGCUCUCCAAAGAAAGUGAAGCUAGGCUUCCAGCAUCCCUCAAAUGCCACAAAAGCAAAGGCAUGUCCCACAGGACUCCAGCCACCGAGUGUCCCUUUCACCUCUACUCCCAGGGGAAUGACCAAAGGACAUGCCUACAAAGGAAGUCCCAGCACACCGUGGUUCCACCAGCCUAGCCCAGUUAAGGGAGUCCUACGAAUGGCACAUCCCCUGAAGAAGAAAACUGAGGACCUGUCCCCCCACUCUGAAAAGAACCCCACUGUGAAGGAUUUCAUCAUCAAAAAUGCUGCCACAACAGAAACAAAAGAGAGUGGCCAGAGAGGCAAGUAUAUACAAGACAGACCACCUGUCCAGUGCCUAAAAGUCCAGACAGUGCAACCUGUUCAGAAGCAGCUUGUUUCUAGAGAUGAUAUCUCCUUUGGAGAUGGAAAUCCCCCUUCUAACACCAGACAGGAGUGGGGAAACACCUUUGCUAAAGAAUGUGUUGAAGCCUGGACAAAUCUGCCUCCACUUCAGAAGGAAAGAGAGGAGCAUUUACGUCUUUAUCACCAACAGUUUCAGCAGCCACCUAUUCUACAGCAAAAAUUGAACUAUCAACCUCUUGAGAGGUUUCUAACACAAUACAAGCCCCAGGAGAUUCAAGUGAAGCAGGAGCUGACCCUUACACCCACAGAGGUACAGAGCCAAGAGGGGAUGCAGCUGGAAGAUCUGGAUGACAGUGAUUUCAGUGAAGAUUCAUUCUCACCUGUCAGUAGUCAAAAGAGUGUGAAAAGAGGCACCAACAAAUGCAGCCAACCUUCGUUUUUCCUUCAUCAAAGAGAACAAGGAACCAAAGAAGAGCAAAAAGGCCAGAGGCGACAGGAUUUAUUUUUUAAAUAUGCAAUACCCAUGCAAGAACAUGAACUUGAUGGCAGCUGGGAUUAUAGUGAGGGCAGCCCAAAGACAGAGGAAUCCAUUAAAAACGCAGGCUUCAGCAAAACACCAUCAGACUGGAGCUAUGACUCAACUAUUGAGUCUUCGAGCAAUACUGCAGAAAAACCUUACUGCCUGCAGGAGGAUCCUGCUUAUAACUGGAAAAAUGGCCAAGAUUUCCUAGCUGAUCCCAAACAGUACAAAUCCAAACACAGAUGUCUUGUUUACUCCAGUGAAGCCACCUUAAUUCCAGAAAAGGAUGCUUCAAAGUCACAUGUUUCUCCUGUAUUAAAAUCAGGAACUCAAGAGUGUGAAGAGAUUGACCUCCAGCACGAAGAGAAUGAAGAUUCCACUUUGGAUAGACAGGCUGCCCUUGAAGAUGUAAAAUGGAAAGCUUGGAAAAAGGGAGUUAACCACUGUGGACCUUCCAGUUGUUCCUCAGAAUUCUCUUCUGAGCUAGUGGCCCCUCUCACAGUAUCUCUUCUUGACUACAAGGAAACAACUGAUACAGAAAAAAUGUCUUCUAACCAAGAGAAGUCCCCCCGUGUGAAGCAGAUGCCAGACAGGAACACACAUGUCCCCCAGGACAGCGUUGAGGAGGAAGGCUGGCAGUGUACCAGAAGCAGGGCUCUGACAGACAGCAUGCUGGAGCUGGGGGAGCAAAGGCACCAUGGGGGAAGGCACUGUGCUUCCCCCCAGCCAGGGGACAAGUGGCUUCCAGCUGCCUGCUGCAAUGUGGAGGCAUGCUGCUGCCUUCUGGGCUUGGGUUCAUCAAAGCAAGUAGCUGCUCAGGGUUUAUUCGUUGGAUGUGACCUGACAGGAACAUCUGCAGCUGAGUCUGCAGGCUCUAGGGGAGAGAGAGAAGGUGGUUUGUUUCUCAGUGACUCAACGUGCAAAGAAUACUCAGGUGGCAGACAGUGUGAUGCUGAUGUUGAAGAUAAUACUGGUAAUUCAGGAAAAUCUAACUCAAACCAAGGACCCGGUGUUGAGCCCAUGGCUAAGGAAAUAAAUGCUGAUAUGCCUGAAAAGAACUAUUUUUCAGGUGCUUCAUGCUUCCUCAGUAUGGGACACAUGGAGUAUGCAGUCCAGCCUCCCUCUCAAGAAAGCAGCCUGCUGCUGCAGCCCAGGUCAGGACUACAGAAUGAGGACAUCAGUCCUUCUGAAGACCCAGCCAACUCAUCACUCAGCAGGGAGGAAACAGGGCUGCUGAAGAACAAGUUAAUGCAGAGUACUUUUACACAAGAGACUUUGGCUGCAGAUUCUGGAUUGGCAACCAAAGAUGAUAACCCACUAGGAAAUGCAAAGAGCCCCACAGGCGUGUCCAGCAGCAGCUCUCCAACUGCUACGUCAGAGAUGAGAAAAUGGCAGAGGAAAGCCCUGGAAAAGGCACAACAGGCUGUAAUUCGGGCCCAUCGGCAGCAGCUGGAUGAAAUGGCAUCCUUGUGCUUCAAGGAAGAGUGCUUGAUAAAUCAGAUGUCAGCAAUGGAUUUUCAGAAUUUCGUGACCAAGCUGGAUGAAAUCUUGGUACUGAAGUCAAAGUGUAUCCAAGCGAUGCGAGCCCAGCUUCAGCUCCAUUUAGCCUCUCCUGGAACUGAUGUGUCGCUGCAAACGCUUCCACCAGUUUAAAUCUUCUUUGCUUACAAAUGCCCAAGAACAGCUACAGAAACAGCCAGUGUUUUGCCACACUUGGUGCUGCAGAGUGUGGGUGGGUAGGGGAUAGCUUUUGGUUUGAUGUUUGUGAUUAGUGUGCCUUUUAGAUAAGGAUGGAGAGAAUUCUGAGUAAAUGAAAGCUAACUACGUGGCACCACAAGCUUUUGUAUUUCCUUAAUACAGUAACCCAUGUUCUUAAGAAUAACAAUUCAGCAGCUCUAAAAAUCUCACCAGGCAGUCCUGUCCACAGUAUUCACAGCAGCUUCUCAGAUGUGUUGCCAAGAAAAUGAGGGGAGGAAUUAAAAAACACUUUGAAGCCAGGCACAGUUCUGAACAGAAAUGCUCAAAAGCUAGCCAGAAAAGUGUGUGCAAGUAGGAGCCAGGAAAGAGGAAGGAGCCACUGUUGAAGUACACUAAUGUAACUAGACCAUAAGUAAAUGGAAGUCAAAGUAGGGCAAGAAAUGCUGUUGCUUUCAGAAGGGAAGCCACUGUCACAGUUGUUCUUGGCUUGGGCCAAACAGUGCAGAGCUCCUGAAAGAGAUGGGUUAAGUCAUGGGUGGUUUAGUGCGGACUUGGUACUGAAGAUUCAUUUAGUGUGUUAAUAAGCAUGUGGGUUCUAUGCUGCUGCCAACAGGGAGAGGCCAACAGCUUCCCUGCUGCAACCCAUGUCUGGUCUCUGCACUGUGGCACAUCUGCAGAGUGCUCUGCAGCUGGCUCACAGAAUGGAUUUUUCACCUGAAAAGAGGGUCCACCUAGAGGUGUUGGGUUUUCAGAAGCUGCUUACAGCACUGUUCUGUGGAGCUGGUGUUUGAAGCAAGAGCUACAGAACAAUCAGCUGAAGCUCUGCACAAGCUCUGCUGCUGCAUGCACCACAUCUGGCAAGUCCUCUUGCUGAAGCCACAGGUGACCUUGAGACACGCUCAGCUGACAGCAUGCUGUGAGUGCUCCCACUCCAAAAUCAGGGCUGCCACAGCACUCGGCCAUUUCCAUGUCUCCUCCAGAAUGCCUGUAGUUGCCCAAAGCCUGCUCAGCAGCCAGAAAUGCUGAGGUUAAGGGAAUGCUGCUGUCUGACCAGCUGUGAAUUUUACUGCCUGCUUCUUCAGCUACCCUAGAAGCCCAGGUUUGUCCCAGCAGUAACACUCCUUAUCUGGUUUGCAUACUUGGUGCAAACACCCCCAGGAAUGUCAGAAUGCAUAGCCCUAGGGAACAGAAGCACAAGAGGAUGUCUCACAUCAGUGCCCUGACUGUUGGGUUGGGUUGUUUUUUUUUUAGCACUGGUUGGUUUCCAUCUUGCAACUGAGACUGAUUGUGGAGCAGAGGGUAGAGUCCCUCCAGGGUCCAAGUUUAUGGCUCACAAGAUGCUUCCUGUGUCCAAUGUACAGGCCAGCAGCAAGUCACACCAAGACCCCCAUCUAUCAGCCCCCUUUUCAGAAGCCUUCCUUGCCCAGAGACAUGAGGCUUCCAGGAGCCACACUGAGUGUCAGCUGUGUUUUGGUACUUCUGCACAGCACAGAGCAGUGGUGCUUGACAGCCAACAGAGAGACAUAAAGCAGUGGCACACCAAAUGUGUUGUUAAAGCCAGAGGGAAGAGCACACUAAACUGAGCUCCCCUUAAACAGCUCUUAGAAAGCCCUCUCCCACCUCCAGGGACCAGGGGGAGCCUGGUGAGGAGAACACGUGACAGUUGGACAGUCCUUGUACCUCCUGAAAACACAAAUGGAUGUACAGUAGUUCCCCCAGCACUUUCUCAGAGAGCUACAGAAAGCAGC